GUAGCUUUAGCUAAGCAACAGUUAAUACGAGAAGUGGCGCGUGUGUUAACGCAGGGGUGUUUUCUGUUUGUCGAGUUCGUUUUUACACUUGGAGAGGAAAUGAAAGAUUUCCGACGCCCUAGAACGGGAGAGGAAUUUUAUGAGUCUUUCGAGGGAGCUCCUUUGUUGACAGCCGUACUCACGUAUCUAAGCUUUCUAAUGUUAAACAUCUUGGGGAGGCUUCAAGAUUUCCUGAGGUUAAUUCAUGUAUUAGAAAAUCAUUCAGUAGCAGAAGUACCGCACACUAAAUCUUUCGUCCCGCUUUACUCGUCUUAUGAGGCUUUUUAUACCCGCAAUCUAUACCGAAGGGCACAAGACUGUUGGUGUAGACCUAUUUGUUCUGCUCCAGGUAGUGAAAUCGUAGUAAUGGAUCGUAAAUCACCGGACUAUGGAUGGACGUUGAAUUUUACAGGAACAAAAUCGAAGGUUUUGAACUUCGGAUCGUACAAUUAUUUGGGAUUCGGAGAUCCCACCGGACCUUGUACUAAUGCUACAGAAAAAGCCACAAUAAAAUUCGGUGUAGGUGUAGCAAGUUCUAGACAAGAGGCCGGAAGCUUAAUAUUACACAAAGAACUCGAAGAUUUGGUUGCUGAAUUUGUUGGACAAGAAGCAGCUAUUGUUUUCAGUAUGGGCUUCUCAACCAAUUCACUAAAUCUGCCAUGUCUAGUUGAUAAAGAUUGCUGUGUAGUCAGUGAUGAAUUAAAUCAUACAAGUCUAGUCUUGGGAUGUCGAUUGUCGGGAGCAACUAUACGUCGUUUUAAACAUAAUGAUAUGGAAGAUUUGGAAAAAAUCCUGCAAGAUUCUGUUGUUUAUGGUCGUCCGCGUACCCACAGACCAUAUAAAAAGAUCUUGGUUGUAGUUGAAGGUAUAUACAGUAUGGAAGGAAGUAUUCUUCAUCUUCCCGAAGUAAUCGCUUUAAAGAAGAAAUAUAAUGCUUAUCUUUAUUUGGAUGAGGCACAUAGUAUUGGUGCAUUAGGUCAAAUGGGUCGUGGUGUGGCUGAUUACUUUGGUGUUGAUCCACGUGAUAUUGAUAUUUCAAUGGGUACAUUUACGAAGAGUUUCGGUUCAUCUGGUGGAUACAUAGCUGGAAAUCGCAAGUUAAUUGACUAUCUUCGCUCGAUGUCGUAUAAUACUGUAUAUGGUUGUAGUAUGCCAGCACCACUAGCUCAACAAAUUAUAUCAUCCAUAAAAAUUAUCAUGGGAAAAGAUGUACCUGGUGAAGGUGAACGAAGGUAAAUUAAUUACAUUACUGUUAUGUACAUAAAUUUAUUAGUUACUGUAACAUAAUUUACGUUUUAGUAUUUCUGCUAAACAUUUCAAUAAAAUACUGUUUCCUCACAUAAUCAAUGCGGGCAAUUAAAUAUAUCAUUAUAUACAUUCACAUUAUACUUAUAUCGGUAAAACGGCUGAAAUUAAACCUUCAGCUCAAAUAUAUGCAGCUAUAUUGUUGCAUUAUCCAUAGUGAAUUGACGGUUUGUAAGUAAUUCAGCAUACAAACAGGUCCCCUUUAGGUAAACCAAAUCGUAUAUAACAGAAUGCUCACAAGUGACACAAUCUGUCUCCAUAAUUAAUCAAAUGUUAGUGAUUGUACAUGAGAAAACUGAUAUCUCUAAAUGAUUUUCUUAUUAUCCACCUUCUUUAUGUUCAUUAAACAGAAAACGUUAGUUAUUAUCUUUUAUGCUCAGCUUUUGAUGAGCAUACAAAUAUAGCUUUUUGUAAUGCUUGAAUCAUCAUUAGGUGGUUCUUAGUCAAUCCCAACAUUAGCAUAUUUGUAUGCAUGUGUUGGUUAGCAAACGAAGUAUAUUUUACGUAAACACAAAAUAUAAACUCGUGAUUAAAUGAUUGUGGUUAAAUUUCGAAUGAAUUUUUGAUAUUCUUGUUACGAAUGAAUGCUGAAUACCUAAACAUUAUUCUUGGAAAACGAUUAUUUGUACUUUGUUUUACUCACUGUUUCUACAUAUGUUCAAUAUGUUACACCUGUUACUCCUUGUAGAGCAUAGGCCACCGACCAGGAUUCUCCAACCAACUCUGACUUAGGCUCUCCUUUUCAGCUGUUUCUAAAUGCUAUUCAUUCCUUUGAUAUCUCCUUCCAGUUCCCGGUUCAAUGUGUUCUUUUGUCUGCCUCUUUCCCUUUCAUCUUGGGAACUGCGAGUUAGGGCUUGCCUACUGUUUCUACAUACAUGGAAUGAAGAUCAUGUUGAUAAACUACUCAAAUAUUUAUUAGAAUUAACGAUGAUGUGUGAAAUAAAUAAGUAACCUUGCAAUAAGUUCGUAUGGUAUAUUUCUUAUAUGAAGAUAGAUUAUUUGACCCUAUGUUUUGGCAGCUGAUAGCUGGUAUUUGAAAUAACAAAAACUGAGAUUCAUGUGGUCGAAGGAAGAGGAUAAAAACUGAUGUCAGAUGAAGAUUUUAUUCACCUUACAAAAAUACGAUAACCUAUCAACCAAAUAUACUGCUUUUUGUCCAGAUAUUACUGAGAUGUGAUAAUUAGUCACUGAAUAUCACAAAUACCUGUAAUAGUGGGAAGAUGAAAAUGGAUUCUUCACUGAAUACAAACGAACUCUAAACGAAUAUCAUUAAAUCAGAACACGAUAUCCCGUUUCAUUCAGUCUUAACGCUCAACUCCUCAAGGCGAGUAUAAGAUUCUAAAUCAGUGAUUUAUCCACAACUCCAUAUUGAGAUGAAGAUAUUUAAAAUUUGUUUCAGGAUUCUAAUGAAUUUUGGCCGGUUAAUAAGACUGCAUUUCACUGGCGAAUAAUCUCAUUCGAAUUUAAUCAUAAUUAAUAUUUCGAAACGUAUAAUAGUAAAACUUUAAACCUCAUGUUCCCUUUCUUUUUAUCCUUGAUUUUUUAUAACUAGUAAACCUCACCGAUGAAAAAGCUAUGAUAUUAAAACCUCAUACAGAACCCUAGUGACACGAAAAUCAUUAAAUUCUUAUCCGAAUAUAUAGUACUGUUUUGUAGAUGAUAUUAAAAAGAAUUAACACUGUCAUAUGAUGAAAACUAUAAACUUUUAUUUAUACAACAGAAUACAAAUUUAACUUUAAGUGUAUUGUUUAAUGUCAGGAUUUUAAGUACUGAGAGUAACCAAGUCAUAGACAAUAAAGUGACUAUCCGCUGUGCUAUCACCAAACUCGUUCAAAUGUGUAAUUAACAAAUGAGGUUAUUGAUUAAGAUUAUUGUAGUUAGUAUAUAUGAUAAAUUACUGAGACUAUGAGAAAUUAGUGUACGUAAAAUGUUUACAAUUGCCCCUGAACCGCACAGAAUAUCUGACAACUGAUAAAAUUUGUUUCACUGACGUACAUUGGUGAAUAGUUGAGCUUAUAAUUUAAGUAUCCGUAUACUAAGAUUUGAGGCCUACAAGUGUUACUUUUGGGUAGUAAGAGUAAACUUGCUAGCUAACUUGGGCGGUCGGUGGAAAUCAGACUAGUCCCCCAUCCUGCUGUAAACUGGAUAAAUCUGGGUAUCCAACAUUGACACUCUCAAACCUUGUGUGUUACAUGAUGUGCAUGCUUAUGUAUAUGAAUUGCAUGAAGAUUGGCUUGUGUAGUUAUGUAUGUAGGUAUAUACAAAGGGUAGUUACCUGGUUCGCAAAAGGAACGCAAGUUGAAAUGUCUGCUUUAAAUCUAAUGAAAUCAGCGGCCUAUACCAACAGUUCGAAGACAUAAAAAAUAUGAGGCAGCAAAUAUUAGGGAGAAGUGAGAGUGUUUAUGCCUAUGUGUAUGUCACGAAGUGCAUGAACAAAGGUCUUCGUACUAGUGGUAUGCAUAUAAUGAGUAAGAAACAGUCAGUUUUAGCAUAUACGUUGGAAGGAAAUGGUAACCGUCUACCAUUUCAGUUGUUUGAAUAUACCUUUAUGUAUGCUAUUGAAGGUUGAGUGAAAAAGAGUAUGUUACCAGUAUGUAUGUAAAACAUAUUUGCUCCCACAGUGAUUGUAACUAAGUGCGUAACAAGAGAUACAUGGGUGGAAACUUGUAUGCUACUGGUAUGCAUACAACGUAUACCUGUCUAUGGUGCGAAGCCCGCGCGCAAACUUAGGGGUAUCCAUUUCCCACGAAAUCACGUCCACGUGAUGGUUUUGUGAGCCUUGAAAACAUGUAAACCAAUUCCAGAAACUCUACACCGGCUUUACUAAAUAAGGAUUUACCAACGUUAAUUGGCUGGAUUACCGUACCACUACCCGCAUGCUAUGUUUAUUGUAUUUAGAUGUUUAUUAUAUUCAUUCCAAAAUCAUAUUUCACCAAUUAACAAGAUUUAAAUGAGAUGUCGUAAACCGUAGAUGUCGAAUUUACAGUUGAAUCGUCCGCGGAGUAUCUAAUGUUUGAGUUGCUUAAAUUUAUCAGAUCUACGACACGUUGAUAUGUAAUUCUAAGAAAGUAUCAGAUUAGCACAAACAAGAACAGGCAUUUGAUCGUAAAACAGCUCGGUCGAAAACAUAUUCUCAUAAGUAGAAGUUUCAAUAGGGGCCAAAUUCAAAAUUUCCAUAAAUCGUUCCUGUAUAAAAUAGACAUUUCUUAGUAGAUCUUUACUUCCUCUCUUCAUGGGUUUGAAGCUGUAAUCUUAAGGUUAUUUGAUAAAAAGUUACAGCUUAACCACUAAAACGAAAUCGAAAUACAAGCAUUACUUUAAAUAUGUGAUGCCAUUGUUUGCAAUCAUGUUUGAAUACUUACUCUUUCAAAGUUACACAUAUAGUUUCUGAAUUGUUUGGUCUUAUGUUUUUAUUUUUUAUCAUUUCAGAAUUAAAUGUUUAGCUGAGAAUAUACGUUAUUUUCGUGCAAGAUUACAUGAAAUGCGCUUAAUUGUUUAUGGGAAUCGUGAUAGUCCUGUUGUACCAGUUAUCGUUUAUAUGCCAGCUAAACUAGUUGCCUUUUCGCGUAGAUGUUUAGAAUUAGGAUUAGGAACUGUAGUCGUUGGUUUUCCAGCUACAACUCUGCUUUUAUCCAGGGUACGAUUUUGCAUUUCAUCAGCACAUACACGAGAGUUAUUAGACAGGGCAUUAGACAUAAUCGAGCAAGUUUCUGAAGAAAUAGGAAUUUGUUAUAGUAAGCAACCGAUUCCAGAAUGGGCUAAAGAAAUUUUAUACAAAGAUAAAAGUCAUCGUUAUACGAAUGGUUUCUUAAAAAAUAUUGAACCAUCAGUUAACAAACUACUUAAGAAAUCAGUUCAUACGGAUACUGUAAGUAAUUCAAUCAGUCUGAGAAAACGCUGUUUAAAAAGAGAUACCAACGAAAAAUGUGGGAUUAACACACAUUUUUAGCUAUGUAAGUUUUUAAAGUGUUACUUUGUUAAUUAUUUUCUCGCUCAAUUUUUUUUAAUAUAUUCGUUCUACUUAUAUUUCGCAAGAUCACUUCAAUUGAGAUUCAUCACUGUUUCUGGAGAACAAAUUAUUUCAAUUGGAUAUAAUAACAAUAAUUGCAAUGUAAAUCUUUGACGAAUAAUUUAUUUUUGAACUUUUCUGUUUUCUCUUGUCAAGUUAUUUUUGUUAUCCUGUAUCCACUGCUAAUCUUUUCUCAAUUUGAUCACUAAGAUCUCGAUGAAUUGCUGUUUGGAAUUCUUUACUGUAUACGUUACUUACUUGAUUACUUACUCCUUUACCUCCCUAUACAGCAUAGGGUGCCGAUUAAGAUUACCCAUCCAACUCUAACCUGAGCUCUCCUCCUCAGUUGUUUUCAAAUGCUAUUCAUCCCUUUGAUGUUGCCCUUCACUACUCAGUUCAAUGUAAUCUUUUGUCUUCCACCUUUCUUUUUGCCUUGAGGACUCCAUGUUAGGGUUUGCCUCGUGAUGCAGCUUGGUGAUUUCCGCAAAUGUAAUUGGGUUGGUGCUUUCUGUGUUUUAUCUCAGGAACUCGCUUAUUCCCUUGUGUAUGCUGAGGCCUGCAGAGAUUGUCUUCACCUUCAUUUGUAGGUGUGUAUGGCAUAUAAGAGAUACGUCAUCUGUAACUUUGUGUAUUCACUUGUGGGGAAUAUGAUGCCACAUAUAAACGUUUUGUCGAGUGCACAUAAAUUUUCAAAUCUCUCAACAUUCUCAUUCCUUUCUCCCAGUCAGUCCAUAUUGUCCCAUGAUAUCUUCAUAUCCAGCGUUGCCCAUUCAGACUUUGGUGUUUAAGUCUACCAUCAGGAUGGUCAAGUUCUUUCCCGAUCAUUUUACUACGACCGAUUGCAGCCUCUCAUAAAACUGAACUUUAUCGUCUUCAUUGCUAUUAUUAGUUGGUGCAUAACAUUGGAUAAUAUUGCGAUCCCGUCCUUCUAUGUUUUGAAGGGUGCUUUGGUGAUUCUGGAUCCAUGAAAUUCCCAUCCUAUGAGUGUUUUACAUGGUUCAUUGAAAAGCAUCGGGGCAACUCCAUGAUUGUGCGGAGCAUUUCCAUCCUCGUGAUCAGAGUACAACAGCAUCUCUCCCGAAUCUAUCCUUUUCUGUUCAGCUUUGGGCCGAUGAGUUUCAAUGAUUCUGAGUACUGUCAAGUUGUAUCUCCUAAUUUCCGUUGCUAUUUGAGUAAUCCUUUCGGUCUGUCACAUUGUCCAGACAUUGAGUUUACCUAUAUUAAUUGUUACUCUUGUUGUUAAGUCAAUUUAAAAAUAAGAGUCCAGAUAAGUAAUCACCUUCUUCUGCCAAUGUAUCCAUAUUAGUUGUUGGUUUGGUUGUUACAGAAAGCAUGGGCCUCGUGACUUCCGAAGAAUCUCAACUUUCUUCAUGAGGCAUCAUAAUUCUUUUUUAAACUCGGAGGACAGAGUUUAAAUGGUUUAUAUUAUUUGUUUUGGUUAGUGGUUUUUGUAGCAAAAUUGUUUUCUAUGGCAUAGAGUUACUAACCGUAUGCCUAACCCUCCUUUAUCUUGGCUUGGGAUCGGCAGCAAUCGUAAAAGAGCUUUAGACGAGAUUUUACUGUUUAGGUUGGUCAAAGGUUAUUAUUUAUUUGCCUUUAAGAUUAUUGGUUUCAGAAGCUGAACGACUGGAUCUAUGAAAACGUCUGCACCUUUCAGUUAUUUUCAAGUGCAGAAACAAUCAAUAUCUUUGUACGUUAAACGAUUUCCGAUUGCUGCGUUGUGAAUAUAUAGUCUCUAUCUUAAAUCAAUAUCCGUUAAACAGUCAAUAAUAAUCAGCGAUAAUCUUUUACAUAUUAUUUUAAAAAUUAUUAUCAGUGAUAUCAGUUGGGUUUUAAUUAUGAAUGUGUUGUGUUGUGUGAAAACACACUUCCUGAAUGAUAAAGCUACUCAAAUACACUCUUAUUGUCUUCUUUAUCCUAUUCAGACUUGUGUUAAUUUAAUCGGUUGAUUAUUUAUUCUGAAGAAGAUUCUUACAUGAAGUCACGAAACGUUAGAAAUACAAUUUUUUUACUCCUUGGGAUGUAACAAAAAAUAUAUUUAUUACUAACUCUUAUUGUUCAUUUCAACUCGUACUCGAAAAUUGUUGAUACAAACUUAUAAAGUGGCUCAAAUACGUAAGAUUAUGUAUAGAGUUAACAAUUAUCUUGUUACAUUUAUUGCUGAAAUAACGGAAGGUUUCUGAAGAAACAAUCAGUCAGUUUUUUUAGCAAACUAAUCCUUUACAAUCUCUUCAGUGGUUCUGUGAUGAAAUUUUCAGAAAUAUCCCCUUCCAACCCUAAGUCUUAUUACUGUAGCACAAAAGUAACAAGAAACAGUAAAUCCAAGAAUUAAAUCUCUAAUAUUCUAGUUGAAGGUUGGCUCAAUAAAUUUCCACAAAACACUUGCUCAGCAGCAUACGUAAUCCAAUUACUAAUACUUCUCUAUCUAAGAAAAUAUGAUAUAUUGAAAAUUUAAAAAAAUAGGAGGAUGAACACAAUAUGGAUUACCGAUUCACUUAUCAUCCAUACGGUGAUCAUAUGUAUUCUGCUGUAUCAAUACAUCUACUGCCUAUGUGUUCAACUAAAGAAUUGCAAUAAAAACCAGUUGAAUUAUAAGAAUUUCGACAACUUGACAACGUUACAAUUUAUAUAUCCGACAGUAUUUCAUGAGAUAAGAAUUAAGUAAAUGUUAUUAAUAAUAACUGUUAAAUGAUUAUCAAGAACUCUUAAGCUACGAUCGUAUAAAUAUAUUGAACAACUUCAAAUAAUGUUUAUGUUCGUGUUAAAUAUCUUUUAUGUACGCAUAUUGUUUAAGUAAAAAAAAGACAGGUAUUUGCUGAACAUUUGUUCUUAUCUUGUAGUAAUUAUUUAUUCGACAUCAUAACCAUUCAUUAGUCACCCGAUCAAGAUUUAAUAUUAGUUCAUAUUAAUCCUGUACAUAUCAAUAAUAAUGUAGUGAAUGUGAACACAUGCGGAGACAACCAAAUGUAUUUGAGUACAAAAUUACAGAAUUUUUUAGUAAAAUCUGAAAACUAUACAGUAAAUAGUUUAUUUGCAAAAUAUUCAUCAAUUGUCUCAGAUUUUGUUGUUCAUUCGUUUCUAUACUUAUCACUCUUUGUUCUUGUUCUCUUCUCUUCGAUUUUCUCAACCUUUUGCCACCAAGCAUUCCACUUUCGGUUGGGAAUAAAUGCUACUCAUAUUUGUCGACAUCCGUAACAUACACCACAAUAAUAUUUAAUUACUUUGUUAUACAUUUUUUUUCUAUUUCCACAUUUAAUUUUAUUGAUAGGAUGAAACCUGUAAUAAAUAAAUCUCGAUUUGUUCUUUGAAAAUGUUAAUAUCCUAGUGUUAUGUUACAAAUUCAUUUAUGGAAACUAAUUUUAGUCGAAAGGAUAAAACUAUAUAAUACAGUAUCAUAUCAUAUCAAUUAUAUUGAUAGUCAUUUUUACUAUUGAGAACUAUGACAAUGAAUUGAAUAACUUUUUAAAAUCUAUUUUCUGUGCUUAAUUUAUUUUUUUUUCAAAACAGGAGGUUAAAUGCUACGUUGUUUGAUAUACAUCAUACAUAAAUAAAAGGAUCCAAUGAUUUUUCUUUCAUUUUCAUAAUUACAUUAGUGUUUGAUCAGAAAAAACCCAGGAAUAAUAACAAAUGUAUAAAAUAUCUUUUCUUUUUCUAUCAUAUUUGUCUUUUUUUUCUCGACUAAGUUUUACUAUACUUGUUUCUUAUGAGUAACAUUUUUAUUGUGACAAUUACUGCUUUUCUUUUAAAAGAAAAGAAAGAAAAAAGAAAACGUUUGUUCAGUGGUUGCACCUCUCUCUCUCUCUCUCUCUAUAUAUAUAUAUAUAUAUAUAUAUAUAUAUAUAUAUAUAUAUCAUGAAUUGAUCAGAUCUACUCAAGUGUGUACUUACUUUUUGUAAAUGAGUAUCUGUCUAACUUUUAUGAUGAUUACCUCUCAAGAGAAUGUAAUAUAAACUGUUAUUAUUCAAUCAUUACCCUACAAGAACUUUUAUUCAUUGUUUUUUUUCUUACUUUUUAUGUACGGAAAUAAUAUAGAAUCUCUUUUUUGCUAAAAUUGUAGCAGUUUUCAAUAUAUAUAUUUUACAUAUUUUAGUUUGGCGUUACUAUCAUCUUCAUAAUCUCAGUAUUCUUAAUUAGGUUCUUUUAAGUAGUGAAUACUGAGACUUGUUGUUAAUAUUACUACUUUUUUUAAAACCAUUUUUAAACAUCUAUUUGGCUGUGAUUUAUUAUUAUUAUUAUAUACCAUGUAGUCCUAAUAAUCUUCGUCUUUUCAUUGCGUUAUCCAGAUGUAUUCAAGGGACUAAUUGUUUUGAAUAUGAUUUAUUAAUCAGAUUCUAUUACGUGAAUCUGUUUUGAUUAGGAUUGAAAUAUCAUAUGAUAUUUAAAUGUUCUAAUUGGUCUGUGAUAGAUUCUGUUGAAUGCACCUCUUCAUACCUCAUUACUUUUGUCGUUUGCUUUUCAUUUAAAAUUUUUUCAGAAAGUAUGGUUUGAUUAUGUCAUCCCUCUAUCUAUCUAUAUCGUCUCAUUCAUUCAGUACUUAUAUAGUACUACGCCGCAUUUUUAACGUUAUUAUUAAUAUAAUCGAAGGUUUUCUCACUAAAUCGCGAAAGGAACUAAGUAAUACAUGUCCAGUCAGUGUGUCAGUUCUUGUUAUCAUCUUUAUAUAUAUAUGGGUUGAUUUGUCC